GAAAUGGAAGGAAGUUCCUAAUCUAGCAAAAGAUAGAAUUGUUGCUCAUAUGCUGGACACCUUUCUACUUCCAGACACACAACACAAUCGAGAUACUAUCCUUCAAACAGCUAAUAAUUUAUACCGAUAUCGUCGUAGUAGACUCCACGAUCAUUUCAAGAAAUUUGCUUCGAAUGAGGAAAGCUUGCAGAACAUGCCGGCAGAAGUUAAUGAAGCUGAAUGGAAUUUCUUAGUGGACUAUUUCAGUUCUGAUGCUUUUAAGGAUAAGCUAACAGAAAUUGUGGCCGAACAAACUCAAGAAGUGGAAGAGGAUACUGAUGUGGACCCAAUUAUUAAUGCUGCUUUUGUGAAACUUGUUGGAGAAAAGUCAGGAUAUUGCCGCGGUCAAGGAUCGGGAGUCAUGCCAGCUAGUAGGAGAUCUAUGCAUGUAACUCAAGAGCAACUGCAAGCACAACAGAAAGAGGUGGAAGAAGAACGUCAUAAACGAGAGAAUGUAGAGUGUAAACUAAUAGAAGUGGAAAAUCAACUUGCGGAGGAGCGGAAAAAACGAGAAAUCAUGGAAGCUCGUCUAGUGGGUGAUCAAAAAAUAUUAAAACAGGGCAUGAUGGCACUAGUAUCCCAUAUACAAAGUUCCGAGAUGAGACAAGUCCUACAAGUCUUAUGGAUGAUAGCAUGGAUGAGUAGCAUUCCUGACAUCUGGUUCAUGUAGUGCACAAGCUGGUGGAAGAAGAUUUAUUUUUUGGGUUAAUAUUAGAAUAGAACUUAAGGACCUUGAAUAUAUGAUACUUUUGUUUGUUUUGUAAGUAAAGAUAUACUUUUUAGGAUUAUUUAGCUUUUGAAAGUUAGUAUAUCCACUGCAUCAAUUUUAUGUA